UAUUUUAUAAUAGUUUGAUAGAUAGAGCUUCAAGAAUGUAACAGCAGAGGUUUAAAUGAAUAUUGUAGCAGCAAUGACUGUAAUGGUGUCUCUUCACAAAAAAGGAAAAGGACAUCAAGAAAUAACAUGAUAAAACCUGAUGAUAUAAUUAUUACAGAGAUAACUGAAACAAACAAUGGACUAAAAGUGACGUUUUAUGUCAAAGGACAAUCUGGAACUCCUGUUGAUGCCAAUGCAGUUGUAGCAGCUAUAAAGGAAGCUGAUUCAAGAUAUGUUAAUGCUGGGUUCACAAUUGCUGAUCUUACAUUACUAAAUCCACCAUCAACUACUAUUGUAGUGACACCUACUGCUUCAGCAACUCCUACAGAUGAUGGACUAUCUGCUGGACAAAUAGCAGGAAUAACAAUUGGAGUUGUAAUUGGAGUCUUACUCGUGAUAAUAAUAAUUAUCAAUGUGGCCUGUCUUAUACGCUAUAAGAAGAGGUCCAAUAAAAUUAUUGAGAAAGAAAAUAAUGAUAACUUUACUGUUGAGAAUCUAUAUUAUGAAGCUGUUCCACCUACCCCUGCAGGUUCGGUCCGCAGUAUCAAAUUGAAAUUGGCUCAAGAGUUUGACAGUAGUGAUGAAGAUGAAAGUGAAAGUGAAAAUGAUCUCAAUGGCAUCAUUAUGGAUGAAAAAGAAUGUCAAGGUGGUCAAGUUGAAAGUUUUGGUGUUAUGCUUGAAGAAUCUAAAGAAACUUUCCUCUAAAUAAUAAUUUUCUUGUGCUGAAUUAUUGCUGUUUAGUAGAUAUUGUCUCUCCCUUUCUGCAAUUUUAGUUAGACAGUGUGACUCAUCUUUAGUUUU